GUUUCAUCGGCUGCGGCAGGAAUGAGCGCUUCAACUACUGCGUGAUGACACUCUUGGGCCGCAAUCUGGCCGAACUGCGCCGCUCCGUACAGCACGUGCACCAGAAGCCCGCCUUCUCGCUGUCCACAGCUCUGCGCCUCUCUCAACAGAUCCUUCAUUGCAUUCAAUCCAUUCAUUCCAUUGGUUUCCUCCACAGAGACAUCAAACCGUCGAACUUCGCGAUCGGGCGGACGGAAGCGACGGCCAAACGGGUGUUCAUGUUGGACUUCGGUCUCGCGCGCCAAUACAUCAUCUCCAACACCAACGAAGUGCGGCCGCCGCGCGUGGCCGCCGGCUUCCGCGGCACAGUCAGAUACGCGUACGUGUUGUCAUGGUCGGUGAACGCGCACAAGAACCGCGAGAUGGGGCGACACGACGACCUGUGGUCGCUGUUCUACGUGCUCAUCGAAAUGGUCAACGGGUCGCUGCCGUGGCGCAAAGUCAAGGACAAGGACUCUGUGGGGCUCAUGAAGAGCUCAUUCGACCACAAGCUGCUGCUGAAGCACCUGCCGCAGGACUUCAAGCAGUUCCUCGAACACGUCGAAUCCCUGCAGUAUCUCGACGCGCCCAACUACGCCCUCUUGAACUCCAUCUUCGAGCGCUCCAUCCGCAGACGCGGCGUCCGCGCCGNCGACGAGAAUUGGAUCCAAUGUUUGGCCGAACGAAGAAUUUCGGGUAAACGAGAGUUGAAAGCGUUGUCAAUGACUGACUGUCUUUACCUCCCAUUAGACGCCGUGUUCGCGGGGAACCCGAUGUCGAUCAUGGCUUCGUGCGAUUGGAUGCGCGCGAUUUGCAGAAAUAAUUGCGAGAAU